AGAGAGGGCGGGGACCAGGCGGCGGCCGCAGCCGCAGGAAUAUGCUGGAAGCCAGCGGGCUGGCACCCGGGAGGUGCUGAAGGGACAGUUCCCGCUGCUGAGCCGGCCCCGCGGUGGGAGGGCGGGUGGGGCAGCCCUGGAGCCCGCAGGGCACGUGAGCGAUGGAGACCAUCUGGAUCUACCAGUUCCGACUCAUCGUGAUAGGGGACUCCACCGUGGGCAAGUCGUGCCUCCUGCACCGCUUCACUCAGGGCCGCUUCCCCGGGCUGCGCUCCCCCGCCUGCGACCCCACUGUCGGCGUGGACUUCUUCUCCCGCCUGUUGGAAAUCGAGCCGGGCAAGAGGAUCAAGCUGCAGCUCUGGGACACGGCGGGACAGGAGCGGUUCAGAUCAAUAACUCGAUCUUAUUACCGCAACUCGGUUGGUGGAUUUUUAGUAUUUGACAUUACUAACCGACGAUCUUUUGAACAUGUGAAAGAUUGGCUAGAAGAAGCAAAAAUGCACGUACAGCCAUUUCGAAUUGUCUUUCUGCUAGUGGGACAUAAAUGUGACUUAGCUUCACAACGUCAAGUUACAAGGGAAGAAGCCGAAAGACUGUCAGCAGACUGUGGUAUGAAGUAUAUAGAAACCUCAGCAAAAGAUGCUACAAAUGUUGAGGAAUCCUUCACUAUCUUGACAAGAGACAUAUAUGAGCUUAUUAAACGGGGAGAAAUUUGUAUUCAGGAUGGCUGGGAAGGGGUUUAAAAGUGGUUUCGUUCCAAAUACUGUGCAUUCUUCUGAGGAAGCAGUAAAGCCCAGGAAAGAGUGCUUCUGCUGACUUCAAACAUGCCAAAGAACUAAGAACAGAUUGGGUGUCAUUCAGGAUAAAUACCAACAUUAACAGCAGAAUGAUGCGAUGAAAGCAUUUUAAAAAGUUAUAAAUUCAUGCUAACACUCUUUUUUUGUAAGGUAUUUGAUUCAGAGCAUUAUGCUUACUUGUUAAACUACCAGAUUGGUAUUUUGCUAAAUUAUCAGGCAAAGCAGACAACUUUUUCUUAAAACUGGAGCAUUUACACAAUUACCUCCAUUCUUACUUUGUUAGCAUAUAACUGACCUUAAUGUCCAACUAUGUCAAUGUUACUCAUUUUUCUUGACAGUUUGAUUAUAUAGUCUGAUUGAAAAGAUUUUAUCAGGAAUUACAUUCUUUUGAGUUAAUUAAUAUUUCAUAGUAAAGUGGAUUUAAAAGUACACUGUUCGCUUACAAAGUAAACAAUCUCAGAAGUGUUAACUAGGCCUAAUAUAACAAUUCCUUGUUUAAGGUGCCAGGUUUUUAAUCAUUCUCUGAAAUAUUUAUCUUCCCUUAAUUUUGCCUGAAAGUAAGAAGAUAAGUUUUAUACUCAUUUUUGUUCUCUGAUUUAUUGCUCCUUAAAACUUCGUUUUAUAAAGAUAUCUAAGGAUCUAAGCAAAAUGUUUUUAUUGCAAAUAUUUAUAAAACUAGAAAUGAAAGACCACUAUCAGCAGAUAUCUUGUUGUUAUAGAAUACUGUCCUAAUUUAGACAACAAAAACAAAUGUAUAUACUGACAUUUUCAAAGAAAGUAAAUUCAAUUUAUUUUAAAUUAUUGUCAAAAUUAUCAAUAUAGGUGUUCCCUUUGUGGCUUAGCGGUAACGAACCCAGCUAGGAUCUAGGAGGAUGUGGGGUCAAUCCCUGGCCUUGCUCAGUGGGUUAAGGAUCUGACGUUGUUGUGAGCUGUGGUGUUGGUUGAAGAUACGGCUAGGAUCCUGCGCUGCUAUGGCUGUGGCAUAGGCUGGCAGCUCUAGCUCCAAUUUGACCCCUAGACUGGGAACUUCCGUAUGCCAACUUGCAGCCCUAAAA